UAUAAGACACAACUCUCACUUCAUACAAAACACAAAAAAAAAUCAUUCAAUCAAUCAACAAAACAAAACCCAGUAAAAAUUUCAAUCCUUUUUAACAAAAUCUUCAAUUGGGUAUAAGAAAGUUUCAAUCUUUUUCUUGUUAAGAUAAAGACAAAGAUCUGACAAAAACAGAAAGAUGUGUGGUGGUGCUAUUAUUUCCGACUUCAUUCCAGCUGCGGCGGCGGUGGGUGGUUCCCGCCGUGUCACUGCUGAUAUCUUGUGGCCAAAUUUGAGGAAAACUGGUUCCAAAAAAUCAUCUUUUUUGCUUGACGAUGAUUUUGAAGCUGGUUUCAGACAGUUUAAGGAUGAUUCUGAUUUCGAUGAAGACGAGGAUGAAGAUGACGAUGAAGGGUUGUUGGUCGGUGUCAAAGGUUUUACCUUUGCUGCUUCUAACAACAAAUCUUCAAGGAACUUCUCUCGUGGCUCGGCUGGUGCAAAAUCUGUGGCAUCGAAAUCAAAUGAGCAAGCUGAAAAGGAAUCGAAGAGAAAGAGGAAGAAUCAGUAUAGGGGUAUCCGCCAACGUCCAUGGGGAAAAUGGGCAGCUGAGAUCCGUGAUCCAAGGAAAGGAGUCCGUGUUUGGCUCGGAACUUUCAACACUGCUGAAGAAGCUGCAAGAGCUUACGAUGCUGAAGCUAGGAGAAUCCGUGGCAAGAAAGCCAAGGUGAAUUUCCCCGACGAGGCUCCAAAUGCUUCCUCAAAACGUCUGAAGACAAAUCCUGAUAACCAGCUGUUGAACAAAAAUCUGAACUCUUUCAAGCCGAAGGGAAACAACAAAAUGUUCAAUUUCAGCGAGAAUAUGGAGAACUUCUAUUCUCCUAUGGAUCAGGUUGAACAGAAACCAUUGGUUAACAACCAAUAUGGUGCUGCUGACAUCGGAGCCUUCGCUGGAAACGGAGUUCACCUUGCACCUGCUGAUGUUAAUGCUUAUUUCAGUUCUGAGCAUUCAAGCAACUCGUUUGAUUAUUCUGAUUUAUGUUGGGGGGAACAAGGCCCGAAAACCCCUGAGAUUUCCUCGGUGUUUUCUGCUCCUCUCGAAGCUGAACCUCAGAUGAACAUGCAGUCUAACAACUCUCAGGAUAUGCUACCUAUGCAAGCUGAAUCUGCAAAGACACUCUCUGAGGAGCUUGCAGAUAUCGAAUCCCAGCUGAAGUUCUUCGAGAACUCAUUCGAUGAUAACUGGAGUGAUGCUUCACUUGCGUCUUUGCUCGGUGCUGAUGUAACUCAGGAUGCUGGAAACACAAUGAACCUUUGGAGCUUUGAUGACCUGCCUUCCAUCGCAGGCGGAGUUUUCUGAACAACUUUCGCCUCACCGGUUAUGUAAAUAAAGCUACAAGAUUGUUGGUUUUAUUUUUAUAUUGUUGAUGGAAUCAGAAACAAGAACAAGUUACCAGCUUUAAUUAAGCGUGGAGUUUUAUUCUCUUGUGGCAAAAAUAAAUUAUUUAUAGGUUUUUAUUAGGUAUCAUUUGUCUUGUCAAAAACCUUUUUAAGGAUUUUUAUGUUUGAUGUUUAUAAGGAUAAGGAUGUUUAUGGAUUAUAUAAUUGUAAACUUGCUUGGUUUUCAUUAUGACAAUUUUAUCAUUAUGAUUUUUAUGACAAA